GUCCGGGGCGCCGGGGGCCGCGGAGCGAGGCGGGAGCGGCGGGGCCGGCGCACAACAAGAGGAUUGCCUGACUGCGCAGAGAUGCAGAGCACUUCUAAUCACUUGUGGCUUUUAUCUGAUAUUUUAGGCCAAGGAGCUACUGCAAAUGUCUUUCGUGGACGACAUAAGAAAACUGGUGACUUAUUUGCUAUCAAAGUAUUUAAUAACAUAAGCUUCCUACGUCCAGUGGAUGUUCAAAUGAGAGAAUUUGAAGUGUUAAAAAAACUCAAUCAUAAAAAUAUUGUCAAAUUAUUUGCUAUUGAAGAGGAGACAACAACAAGACAUAAAGUACUUGUUAUGGAAUUUUGUCCAUGCGGGAGUUUAUACACUGUCUUAGAAGAGCCAUCUAAUGCCUACGGACUACCGGAGUCUGAAUUUUUAAUUGUUUUGCGAGAUGUGGUGGGUGGAAUGAAUCAUCUCCGAGAGAACGGCAUUGUGCACCGAGACAUCAAGCCGGGAAAUAUCAUGCGUGUCAUCGGGGAGGACGGACAGUCUGUGUACAAACUCACAGAUUUUGGUGCAGCUCGAGAGUUAGAAGAUGAUGAGCAGUUUGUUUCACUGUAUGGCACGGAAGAAUACUUGCACCCUGACAUGUACGAGAGAGCAGUGCUGAGGAAAGACCACCAGAAGAAAUAUGGCGCCACGGUGGACCUCUGGAGCAUCGGGGUGACGUUCUACCACGCGGCCACAGGGUCGCUGCCAUUUAGGCCGUUUGAAGGGCCACGCAGGAAUAAGGAAGUGAUGUACAAAAUAAUUACUGGAAAGCCUUCUGGUGCAAUAUCUGGGGUGCAGAAAGCAGAGAAUGGACCAAUUGACUGGAGUGGAGACAUGCCUGUUUCUUGUAGCCUUUCUCGGGGACUUCAAGUACUCCUUACCCCCGUUCUGGCAAACAUCCUUGAGGCAGAUCAGGAAAAGUGUUGGGGUUUUGACCAGUUUUUUGCAGAAACAAGUGACAUACUUCACCGAAUGAUAAUUCAUGUUUUUUCACUACAACAAAUGACAGCUCAUAAGAUUUAUAUUCAUACCUAUAAUACUGAUACUGUAUUUCAUGAACUGGUCUAUAAACAAACCAAAAUUAUUUCUUCCAAUCAAGAACUUAUAUAUGAAGGAAGACGCUUAGUUCUAGAACCAGGAACUCUGGCCCAGCAUUUUCCUAAAACUACUGAGGAAAAUCCCAUCUUUGUAGUAAGCCGAGAAUCUCUGAAUACCGUAGGACUGAAAUAUGAAAAAAUUUCCCUCCCUAAAGUACACCCACGUUACGACUUGGAUGGGGACGCUAGCAUGGCUAAGGCAAUAACAGGAGUUGUGUGUUACGCCUGCAGAGUGGCCAGCACCUUGCUGCUUUACCAGGAGUUAAUGCGAAAGGGGAUACGAUGGUUAAUAGAAUUAGUUAAAGAUGAUUAUAAUGAAACUGUUCACAAAAAGACAGAAGUUGUGAUCACACUGGAUUUCUGCAUCAGAAACAUUGAAAAAACUGUGAAAGUGUAUGAAAAGUUGAUGAAGGUCAACCUAGAAGCAGCAGAGUUAGGUGAAAUUUCAGACAUACACACCAAAUUGUUGAGACUUUCCAGUUCUCAGGGAACAAUAGAAACCAGUCUUCAGGAUAUCGAAAGCAGAUUAUCUCCAGGUGGAUUGCUGGCAGAUGCGUGGGCCCACCAAGAAGGCACUCAUCCAAAAGACAGACAUGUAGAAAAGCUACAAGUCUUGUUAAAUUGCAUCACAGAGAUUUACUAUCAGUUCAAAAAAGACAAAGCAGAACGUCGACUAGCUUAUAAUGAAGAACAAAUCCAUAAAUUCGAUAAGCAAAAACUGUAUUACCAUGCAACAAAGGCUAUGACCCACUUCACAGAUGAAUGUGUUAAAAAAUAUGAGGCAUUUUUUGAUAAGUCAGAAGAAUGGAUGAGAAAGAUGCUUCAUCUUAGGAAACAGUUAUUGUCCCUGACGAAUCAGUGUUUUGAUAUUGAAGAAGAAGUGUCCAAGUAUCAAGACUACACCAAUGAGUUACAAGAAACUUUACCUCAGAAAAUGUUUGCAGCCUCCAGUGGAAUCAAACAUGCCAUGACCCCAGUUUACCCCUGUUCUAACACAUUAGUGGAAAUGACUCUUGGUAUGAAGAAAUUAAAAGAAGAAAUGGAAGGGGUGGUUAAAGAACUUGCUGAAAACAAUCAUAUUUUGGAAAGAUUUGGCUCUUUAACCAUGGAUGGUGGCCUUCGAAAUGUUGACUGUCUUUAGCUUUCUUAGAAGCUUGAGAAAAUUUCAUUUUGCACAAGAAGAUAAUGCUGAGGCAUGAAAUGAGGGCCUCUACCGGUGAUCUCCUGUUUCUAGCUUCAGUAUUUGAUGUGUUUGUAUAAAUAUGUACGAUAUUGUAAAUACAUAAAAAAUAUAUAAAUUUUUGGCUGCUGUUAAGAUGUAAUUUUACCUUUUAACAUUUAUAAUUAUAUGAGGACAUUUGACCUCAGUGAGCAGAGAAGAAAGCCAUGACUGCUGUGUUGAGACACUGACCCUCUCCUCCUCUGAGUGAGGCUGACUCAGUCUUGCAUCUCUGACUACCCACGGGAAACAUUUUAAGUGGAACCGACAGUGGCACCCUUACAGAUCAGAAAAGACUGACAGCUGGCAUGUCUGCAAGGGGUAGAGAGAGGUGACUUCUGUGAGUGGGGAGCAGAACCAAACACUGUCUUCAUAGGGUCACAAUUUUUUUGAGAAGGAUAAAGUGGCAUUAUUUCAUUUUACAAGGUGCCCAGAUCCCAGUUAUUCUUGUAUCUGUUUAAUUUCAGAUUAUUAUUGAGCAAAAUUUUUGAAGUGAUUUAAUUAUUAACAAGUCGUUUUUAUUUUGACCACAAAGUGUAAUUGUUAUUAAAAAAUUAGGAAAAUUUCAACUGUUUCAAGCUGUAUAUUCUUUAAUUCUGCUUACCACUUCAUGAAAAAAAGUCAAUAAAUUUCUCAAUUUUAA